AUGAAACGUCCAUCAGUCGGGUCCGUGUCUGCGAUUCUGCUGCUGCUAGUGGUGGGCCAGGUCGCUACGGAAGCCGAUCCAGAAACGCAGGGUCAAACGGUUAGCGUACCACCGACGAUGCCGAGUCCCACCGAGCCACUCCCUUUCGAUGAAACCACAGUGGAACGCUUCUUCACCGCCGUCAAAGGUCAGCUGCGGUGCGGAUAUCCGAUGUUUGGUGUACCUUCGCUGGUGCCGUUGAAGUUAAGCUACACCCUCAAGACGUCGUUCGAUCUGCUUUCGUUGAAAAAAAUCAGUGUGGUAGCAUCCAACUUUACCGUGCACGGGCUUAACGAGUUCAGCUGGGAUCCGUCCCGGACGCGGUUUACACGCACGUCCGCCACCGUGCCACUUUCCUUUCCGAAUGUGACCGCAUUCGCGCACACCUCACUGAACGGUGCGAACGGGACGUCCUUCCUGGAGCUGCGCAACAUCACCGUACGUUUGGACGCACAGUACGAGGAAAAGGACGACCUGCUCUACGUGACCGAGCUGAGCGGUUCGGUACUCCUCGAAGAUGCGAAGGUUAAGAUUGCUUCACUCUUCCCGAAGAGCGCCAAACUGAGCAAGAUCUGGAACAAAGCGAUCGGCAAAUCGUUACCCAUACUGGUGGAGCUGUUCAAUGCCGGCAAGCUGAAGAUCGAGUAUCUGAGCCGGUUGCUGAGCGGUGCCAAGUUUUACGCGAUGAACACGAUCAACAAUGCGCUCAACUCGCACAGCCUCAACUUUGACCGGUUGGUCGCAAGUAUGGUGAAGUUCGCGGACGGUACGCCGGAUUCGCUGCAGUGUGACGGUACCGCACCGAUGACCGGUGAUGAGAUGAUCGGAUGGUUGCGGGCAUAA